GUUUUUAAUGUCUUUUGGUUAUCUUGCCGCACAGAAGCUCGCUUUGAAACUUAAAAUAAAACAGAUUGAUCUGAUCCCUUGCAUUGAGAUGGACAGCCACAUGUGGUGUGUCUUCGUCUUCCCUUUAAAAGGGUAUAUAAAUAUCGAGCUACUCAAAAUACGCAGCUAGUCGCGCAAAUUAUCUAUACACGUACAAACAUGUGUUUUUGCACAUGUAUGUACAUUUUAAAAAAUGUUUUUUUCAUAAUUGUAGUUCUUUCUAUAAAAUUAGCUGCAGUUUGCUUUUGUCGUUGUCAGUUAAAUGUCGGUGCUUAGCCGGGAAACUCGAAAUUCAUCAGUCGCUAAGUUGUACAUGGUCUUGAACGUUCGUUGUUUGAAUAGGUUUUAUUUAUUUGAGCAUAGUAAAGAAGCGAAAGUGAACCAAUAAUGUAUCCAGUUUCCUACAAACCGGAGCGUGCGUGCUAUAAAUCAUGCCACCAUGCAAUGCGAAUAGCGUCGAGAUCUUCAAUUUUCUACCAACGUCAACAUUUUUAUGCCGCAUCAAGUUUUGCGGGCAAAAGGCCCAAAUUUUUUGUUAAACGGAGAGUUAUUUUUCCCUCAUUGCCCUGCAAUCCGGUGAGUGCACCAUCUGAGAUCAACAUGAAUGGCUAUAACCGCAAAUCGCCACAAAAACGGCGCUAUGAGAUGACAAAAUAUGCUGUAACACCAAAAAAGAAAAUCUGCAAGGAGCGCAUUCCGCAGCCGAAAAAUACAGUGGCAAUGCUGAAUGAGUUAAGACAUGGACUGAUUUACAAAUUGGAGUCACAGACUGGUCCGGUGCACGCACCUUUAUUUACGAUAUCCGUUGAGGUCGAUGGACAAAAAUACUUGGGCCAGGGUCGCAGUAAAAAGGUUGCACGUAUCGAAGCAGCCGCUACCGCACUCCGCAGCUUUAUACAGUUUAAGGACGGAGCUGUCUUGUCACCUUUGAAGCCAUCGGGCAACUUGGACUUUACCAGCGAUGAACAUCUUGAAAAUGGUAUUGAAAAUAUGUCCAAUGAACAGUUGAUCGCAAUCAAUAAGACGUUGAUGUUGACUGAAAAGAAAUCCAACCUUACCUCGCUUGAACAACCCACGUUGCGUCUUCAAAAGUUUUGCAUGAGUCAGAAUGUGAGUAAGAGUGCCAUUGCUGUCGAUGGCCAAAAGAAGGUGCCGGACAAGGGACCUGUUAUGCUUCUGUACGAGUUGUUCAACGACGUUAAUUUUGAUUGUAUUAAUAUUGACGGAGCUCAAAACAAUUGUCGCUUUAAAAUGACAGUUACAAUAAACGAGAAGAAGUUUGAUGGAACAGGUCCUUCCAAAAAGUUGGCCAAAAAUGCGGCAGCUAAGGCGGCACUUGCAUCACUGUGCAAUAUUUCGUACAGUCCGAUGGUGGUGCCGCAGAAAAACGUGCCCCUGCCAAUUGACGACAAGUCGUCGUCAAUGGAACUGCCGCAGAUACAUGCAGAUACCAUUGGACGACUGGUGCUGGAGAAGUUCAUGGAAGUCAUUAAGGGACAGGAGGCCUAUUCGCGACGCAAGGUAUUGGCGGGGAUUGUAAUGACAGAGAACAUGAAUUUUUGUGAAGCCAAAGUUAUUUCCGUUUCGACGGGCACCAAGUGUGUCAGCGGCGAGCACAUGAGCGUGAACGGAGCUGUGCUAAACGAUUCGCAUGCCGAGAUAGUCUCCAGGCGCUGUCUUCUGAAGUUCCUCUAUGCACAGCUGGACCUGCAGUGCAACCAGGCCACAGCAUAUCAGUCGAUUUUCGUGAGGAAUACUGAUGGGCAAUACCCUUAUAAACUAAAAUCCGGGGUACAUUUCCAUUUGUAUAUAAAUACAGCACCUUGUGGGGAUGCACGGAUAUUUAGUCCUCACGAAAACGACACUGGUGUUGAUAAACAUCCAAAUAGAAAAGCUCGUGGCCAAUUGCGUACAAAAAUCGAGUCCGGUGAGGGAACAAUUCCAGUCAAGAGCAGUGAUGGAAUACAGACGUGGGAUGGCGUAUUGCAGGGCCAACGCUUGCUGACCAUGUCGUGCUCCGAUAAAAUCGCACGUUGGAACAUCGUGGGCAUACAAGGCUCCUUGUUGUCUUCCAUAAUUGAACCAGUGUACCUGCAUUCGAUUGUGCUGGGCAGUCUGUUGCACCCAGAGCACAUGUACCGUGCAGUGUGCGGUCGAAUUGAGAAGUCAAUCCAGGGUCUGCCACCGCCGUACCAUUUAAAUAAGCCACGCCUGGCAUUGGUCACAUCGGCAGAGCCGCGAAAUCAGGCCAAGGCUCCAAACUUCGGGAUUAAUUGGACCAUUGGCGACACCGAGCUGGAGGUGGUCAACUCGCUCACGGGCCGAACAAUUGGCGGCCAAGUGUCGCGCAUCACGAAGCAGGCGUUUUUUGUUAAAUAUGGCUUUCUAAUGGUGAACCUACCAGGUAUUUUAGUCCGCAAAGUAACCACAGACUAUGGGCAAACAAAGGCCAACGUAAAGGACUAUCAGACGGCGAAGCUUGAAUUGUUUUCGGCUUUCAAACGAGAGGACCUUGGCAGCUGGCUGAAGAAACCCAUUGAACAAGACGAAUUCGGCCUUGCCGAAUGAUGACUGCAUUCAGCACUACUAUAUAAUUUAAUAAAAGACAACAGAAACGGCAAGCAAUUAAUAGAAUUAGAUGAUAUAACUUUUAUGACAAAUUCAUAUAUAGUAGAAUGCAUAUUAAGUUGGGUGCAAGUGCAAAGACAGCGAUAUGAACUUCUCCAAAUGAUUGGGAAGAACCUGCCAACAACCUUGUGCACCCAUUUCAAGAACAGCAAGCACAAAGAUGCUAAUGCUCGAUAUAUAAAAAACGGCUCUAGAAUAUUUAUAGAAUAGAAUGUAGUUUUUAUGCUGGAACUGAGUAAAGGAGUAUUAUGGCGUUUUUUUUUGUAUCAAUUCGUUUUAUAAUUGGCUAAAGCAAUUUCUAUAACUCACCACUCGAAUUAUUAUUUAUUGUUUACAACAAACAACUUUGCCUUAACCACACAGCUAUAAUUUUCAAGAGAACUUGGCUUUUGGUUGGUAUUUAAAUCAUGUUACAAGAGAGUUACAAUAUACAGUCAAACUUCUAUAAGUGAAACCACCAUCUGCCACCAAAAUAACUUCCAGUUGAAAAAUUGAGUUAUGGAUACAUUUGGUUGAGAAGGUUUAAGUUAUAGAAGUUAAGGCUGUACGUUUAAGUAAACAAAAAAGGAAAAAAAAAACUCCGGCAAGCCGAUGUUUAUAUACCCUUGCAGCUAUAAAAAAAAAACGAAUAUUUUGUACAACGACUGUAAUUCGAUGUUUAUGCGUAUAUGUUGAAAUCAUAACGAUUAUCCGCUAAAUUUUCGAUCGUUCCUAUGAAAAUUGUUGUCCGAUUUUAAUAAAAUUAAAACUGUAAUUAUAAAAAAGGAAAACCAAUAGUUUAUUGGAAUAAAUUGAAUAAAACAACGAAGUUAUAAUUUUUUGACUGAAAUUUGAAUACACCAUGCAAGGGUAUACAAAUAAAAUCUAUAAAUGACAAAAAUCCAAACAUAGUUCUGUUAUCGAUUAAGCAAUUGUAUGUUAUUAAGUAAAGUCAUUUGCAACGACAUAAUAUUUAUAAUAAAGUCACGUUUAGUAAAGAUAAAGUAGAUUUUAGGUAAAUCUACAUUAUUUUCACAUAUUUUU